UUAAGUAUGUUUUCACACUCUUAAGUACCUUCUCAUAUUCUUGAGUAUAGUUUCACAUUCUUAAAUAUGUUCUCUGGAGAAUCUUCUCCCAACUGCACAUAAUUUUACACGUAAAGUUAACACUUUCCCAGACAGUUAUGAGAUACCACAAUAUUUGGGGGUGGAGACGAUACCCGCAUUGAAUGAACUACUAUGCAUUUCAGGGCCGUGUCCAAUUGAUUUUCGUUGAUAAAAUCCUACCAAAACAUCGGAUGGGUCACAUUUUGGAAAUAGGUAUUUGAAGCCACAGCCUAAUUGGCAAAAAAUAUGCAGUAAUGUCUAAUGUGAAUAAUAAAGGCACUUACCAGAGUAAAUAUAAGAAAUUGAAAGGGUAACUUAGCUAAAUUUAGACGCACCCAGAGAGAGGCUACUUGUGACGUGAACUAUGACAUCAGACGUAAUACCCAGUAAACUUUCCAUUCACAAUAGUAAACACGCCGAUAACAGGAGGAGAGCAGAGCAUUCAUACGUCAAAGCCAAUCUGUUCUACGUGACUGCUGUCUGGUGCUUCACUUAUGGCAGGCCUGGCAAAUUGUCCUCGUGGCUGCAAGACUGCUUUCGUGCUGCGUGUUUUUGCAGUAUGCAAUAAAGAAAAGAACCGCAUGCGUCAUAUGAUUAAUAUUAACAGGCCCUACGACCGUGUGGCAAAUUUCAUGGGUAUCACGUCGCUUUCUGUGAGGAAGAUUGUUCACCGUAACAGAUCAGUGAUCUCACAUGAGUCUGCUGGCAAAGUAUUUCCUAUACCACAAGUCUUUGAUAAUUUUACAGUGGGUGCCAUUCAUCGGUUUGUUCACGAGAUAUUUGCUGCAAAGCAAGUAUUUACUGUUAGAACCCUGAUGACAGAUUUGAAGACAGCCACCAUAAUUCCUGAAACUACCUCCGAGAUAGCGGUGUGGCGGCUCCUGCAAGAUAUGGGAUUCAGAUAUAAAACGUCUCAACGAAAGAUGUAUCUUGCAAAAGAGCCCAUUGAUGUGGUUUGCCGACGGAUCGGGGCUCUCCGGGCUCUGAAGCGCCAUCGAGAAGAUGGAAGGGAGAUAGUAUAUGUCGAUGAGACGUGGUUCACCAACAGAAUGAGCCACAACAGAGAGUGGGUGGACACCGCACAACCUGCUACCAGUGCCACGCAUAGCCGACAGGUACCACCUGGCGAGGGAGAGCGCUUCGUGGUGGUAGCAGCUGGCACAGCAAAUGGAUUUAUUGAAGGCCCUUUCCUUUGUUAUCCUGCAAAGAGUACAAGUGGCGAUUACCACGGGGAAAUGACAGGCGAGCUGUUCAUACCCUGGUUAACAACGCAGCUUCUACCAUUGCUGCCUGAACCAUCAGUGUUGGUGCUCGACAACGUACCUUAUCACAGCCAGCUAUUAGACGAGUGUCGGUGUCCUACCACGGCCACCAAGAAAGCAGACCUUAUUACCUGGCUUCAGAGUCGCCGAAUCCCUGCCCCAGACGGUGCCACAAGACCUGAGCUGUUGCUCAUAUGUCAAAAGAACAGGCCAAAACCACAGUACAUCGUGGACAACAUAAUUCGAGAGUGGGGCCACGAGGUGGUGCGUCUGUCACCUGCCCACCCAGAGCUCAAUGCCAUUGAGCAAGUAUGGGCGUGUAUGAAACGUCAUGUGGUUGGACCUAUCAUUAUAAACUUAGACAACGAUGGCGAGGAUAUAGAAGACCUAUACCUGGAUGAUGACGAUGAUGAAAAUGAAUAAAAAUUAUUUUGGUUGUGUGUUCUCUAUUUUCUUUCU